CGUACGAAGAGCUGACUGACGAAGAUCAGGUGGAGAAACUGUACCAAAAUGGAGUAUUCCCAGGACUGAGCGAGGUACCUUUUGCAGAGAUCAUUGCACUGUGUUGGAGACAGGAAGCUGAAUCGGCUAAGAUGAUCAUUGAACUUGUGAGGCGCUCAUCAGAAAAAUGCCAAUCAACAUAAGGCAUGUUCGAUUCAAUGCCCGUCUACUCCGUUUUUCAGUGUGGAAAGAGAGGACGCUACAUGUACUCAAUGUAGUCAAUAUGCUACGUCUUUCUGCGUACAUCGUUUGGCGACAUGUACCAUGGGAAAGAUACGCUGGCUUGGUGUAAUGAGUGUGCUACAAACGAAGGACUAUUUCAGUGCAUGUGUCCAGCAUAUCCAACGUCUGCUAGGCAAUAUAUCCUGCCACACCAAUUCCGCCAUCAAUUACCAGAGCAAUCACUUCCCAUAUCGCGGAGAUUGCGCUCUCCUAGCGCUGAGAAAUUCCUUCGUCCCGAUGAUUGGGACACUGAUUGCGACUAGUAGUGGCAGCCAACGUACUCGUUGCUGGGUUUGCGCAGGUAGUACCCGACUCGAGUGCGACUUGACAUUUGAUCAGGUCGGUGGAUAUGGUGUUACAGGAUGAAGGGCAUCCGGUAUACUUCGUUGUGGAGGUCACCGAAGUACACAUAUUAGAUAUCUGGUAGUCUUGAUGACAAUCGAUGUGCUCGUAGAGGAGGAUCUAUCGCUGUGAAGUCACACUCGAUCAGCAGUAACUGACAGCAGGCUGAGCGGCGACGCUGCUACGCCCGACAGUGGAGUUAUAAGCGUCACUGACGCAGGCAGCAUUCCAACCAUCGCCCGCAAUGACUGGCUACCCUGCUAGCUGUUACUAGCUGGGCGUGGAGGUAAUGUGCAAUCUGCGUCGGCGUGAUCAUUAGAUGAUCGAGGAGCUGGCUGAUUCAUUACUGCUCGAUUGGCUGUGGUGUGGUGGCUAAGAUGAUUGAGUAUCGAAGGGC